AUGCAUCCAAUAGUUAUCUACAUAUUUUUAUUUCUCAAUUGUUUUCUAUCAUGCCAAACCAAUAAUAAUAUUGCUUAUAAUAUUCCUGAUCCGGAUUGCACCGGUGCUUUUAGUUUGUGUGUUGAUGCUGAUAAAGAUCGACUUGGUCGUGAAGCAAUCAAAGUUAUACAUGAACAAAUGGAUGAUGAUAAGGAUGGCAUGAUUGAAGCAUCUGAAAGCAGUGAUUUUAUCAAAGAGGAAUUAGAAUCUCAAGCUGACUCUAUUCGACAUCGUCAUUUUCAAAAUGCUACUAUACAAAUAACACUUGACGAUCUAUGGAUGCAAUGGCAAAAGAGUGCUAUUUAUAAUUGGAGUAAUGAUGAUGUUAUAAAUUGGCUUGUUAAAUCUGUUCAUUUGCCAAUGUAUGUGGAAAACUUUCGUCGAAAUCAAAUCGACGGUCGAAUGAUUCCAAGAUUAGCAGCUAAUCAAAGACACUAUCUUUCAGCUAUUAUGCAUAUACGUGAUCCAAGACAUAAACGACGUCUGAUUAUUAAAUCAACAGAUGUUGUUCUAUUUGGUCCGCCACAAAAUACACAUAAUUUGAUAAAAGAUAUUAUUUUAAUAUCAGCAGUACUAAUAUCUUUUGGUGCUUGUUUAUAUGCAUAUAUACGUCAUCGUAAAACUCAAGAAAGUAUGAAAGCUAUGCUAAAAGAACUUGAAACAUUGCAGGCAGCCGAAGGUGACCUGGUGGCUGUUACUGGAAAAAUGAAAGCGAUGGAAAAUGAAUUACAAGAUAAAGUAAAAGUUGAACGUGGCGUAUUAAAUAGUUGGUAUAUGGAAGUGCAACGAACAAAAGACGAAGCUGAUAAAUAUCGAAAACAUCGUGAACGAACUCUUGGUCAUGAGAGUCAACUUCAUUUAGCCAUGAAAGAAAUCGAGCAAUUACGUGUUGCAUUACGUCAGGCUGAAGAACAUGCUCAUUAUCAAUCGUAUGAUGCACCAAAUGAAUUAAUCGACUUACUUAAACGUACUUAUCACGUUGAAGAAUUAGCGUUUGAAGUCAAACGUAGAUCAGCCGAAAGUGCAAUGCUUGCAGCUAAAGAUCAGAUGAAUAAAAUUUCUAAAAUGCAAAGAGGCUUUUUCGGUGCUGUACGUAUAGCACAUACGGGUUGUAUGGAUAAUAUAAGUGAAUUGAUAAGUUCUGCAAAACAACGCCUGGCAAUCGUUCAGGAUGAAUGUGAAGAACGUGAAAAACGUUGGAAUCGUAUUUCUUCCAUACUUGAUCGAGAAGAUCUAAUUAAUUACUCAUCAUCAUUAUCAUCAACAACAAUGCCGAUUAGUGGCAAUCAAUAUUCAAGUGGAAUAUCACAGACAUCAGCGAAUAAUGGCACUAAUAAUAGUUUAUCAUCAGUUUUCUGUUUUCGAGAUACAAGUUCUCGAUCUAAACGAACACCUGUUGAAACAAGUAGUUUACUUAAUGCAAAUAAUGAUUCGCAAGUAAUGCGUCUCACAAAUAGCAAUUUAAAUAUUCGCAGAUCGGCAACAAAUGCAUUACUGUCAAGUUCAACUGCUCAACAAGAUACAAAGAAUGAAAUUGAUAUUUCUCUUGACCAUUCAAACCCUUCAUCAGCGACAUUACGACGGCGUGCAAUUGUAAACAAUGCUUUAUCAAGUGAUCGUUCAUCAACUGACCGUCUUUUAAAUACGGCAACAUUAGUUUAUUCCUAUUCAACAAAUGGUCUUCACAAUUUAGAUACAAAUUCAGUAGGAGGCAAUACACCUGAUUCCGCUGACACAUCAUUAUCAUCAUCAUCAACAGUAGCAACAGCUCAAACAAAAUCAUUCGUUGGUACUAUAGCUGAUUUUCAUCUAGAUAAUUGUGAUUCUAUAUUUGAUGAUAACAUACAAUGUGAUGCAACAUCUCAAAUGUCAGACUUUGUAGGCGAUGAUCAACAAUCUAUAGUGUCGUCAGAAAAAAGUCGAAGAUUGGCACAAAAACUUUUCAGGCCAUUUCAAAAUAUGCGUCUUGGUAAAAAGGCAAAUCUUACAUGA